UUAGAGAAAUGCUGAAAAUCAGAAUCCAUCUAGGGGGAAAAGGGCUGUCACUUUAAUUAAAGAGGUCUUAGCAUAUUCUAUUAGGUGCUGUGUAUGGCAGUUUCAGCCAAUCAAGGCUCUUGAGAGUGCUCAUUGGUUGGGCUGUGAGGGGAUGUCUGGCUUCCAUCGGUAGGGGGUUACUCUCUCCACUCCAUCCUUCCAUUCACUCCCACAGUCAGUAAAACACACGUCAGAGCACAGGUCCACAGCGAGCAAAUCCUGCAGAGCCUUGUGUACAGUAUGUGUGUGUCAGAGCGUCCAUAGGAGAAAGAGAGUGAGAGAGACAGUGUGGACUGGCUGCUUCUAAACCACUGCAGGAGGACUACAUCUGGGACAGUCACAGAAAAGAAGAGAGAGAGAAGGAAUUCGAGGAUAAACGUUUAUUUAACAGCACAGUUAUGGGGACUUAUCUCUGCUGUCCAACAAUGGAUCAAACUAAAAGCAAAAGACAGAAAAGUCAGUCACCUUAUACGCUUUAAAUUUCUGGUGGAAGAAGGAGAUUAAAUUGUCAGUUUGCUCUCAGAAGGUGAAGACUUGGAUUGGAUUUUUUUUUCAUCUUCUUUCUUCUCCUUUUUCCCUCUCUGUUUAAAUUGAUUGCUGUGCUUUCUGGCUCCUCAUCCUUCACGCUGUGUCUUAACAAGUCUUUACCUCUCUCAAAUCCUUCCUUUCCUUCCCAACAUCUUCUCUGCAUGCUUUCCCACUGCUUUGCAGGUGAACACACUCAUGGUGGAUGCCAAGGGAAGGAACAUGAAAUGUCUGACGUUCUUGUUGAUGCUUCCAGAGUCAGUUAAGGGCAAGUCCAGCAAAGGCUCCAAAAAGGGGAGUCCCAGCAGCUCUUCCAAGCUGCCCCCUGUCUGCUAUGAAAUCAUCACCUUGAAAACCAAAAAGAAGAAGCAGAUGGCCGCAGAGAUUUUCCCAACCAAAAAGCCGGCAUCAGCCACCACUAUGCAGCAGUACCAUCAGCAGAACUUGAACAACAACAACACCAUCCAAUGUUGCAACUGGCAGGGUCUCUACUCCACCAUUAGAGAGAGAAAUUCUGUGAUGUUCAAUAAUGAACUGAUGGCUGAUGUUCAUUUUGUUGUGGGCCAGUCAGGAGGGACUCAGAAGCUCCCCGGACACAAGUAUGUCCUUGCUGUGGGAAGCUCUGUUUUUCAUGCUAUGUUCUAUGGAGAGUUAGCCGAAGACAAGGAUGAGAUCUGUAUCCCUGAUGUGGAUCCCCCAGCCUUUCUGGCUAUGCUAAAGUACAUUUACUGUGAUGAAAUUGACUUAAGUGCCGACACUGUGCUGGCAACAUUAUACGCAGCCAAGAAGUACAUAGUACCGCACCUGGCUCGGGCCUGUGUCAACUUCUUGGAAACGAGUCUGAGUGCCAAGAACGCAUGCAUUCUUCUAUCUCAGAGCUGUCUGUUUGAAGAGCCAGACCUAAAACAACGCUGUUGGGAAGUCAUUGACGCUCAGGCUGAGCUGGCUCUUAAAUCCGAGGGCUUUUGUGACAUUGAUGCUCAGACCUUGGAAAGCAUACUCAGGCGGGAGACCCUAAACGCCAAGGAGAUUGUAGUGUUUGAAGCGGCACUGAGCUGGGCGGAGGCUGAAUGUCAGCGUAGAGAGAUGAACACAACAUUUGACAACAAACGCAAAGUACUGGGCCAGGCCAUCUACCUGAUCCGAAUCCCCACCAUGGAUCUUGAUGAUUUCGCUAAUGGUGCGGCACAGUCAGGAGUGUUGACGCUGAAUGAAACCAAUGACAUUUUCUUAUGGUACACAGCAGCCAAGAAACCCGAGCUGCAGUUCGCCAGUCAACCUCGAAAGGGUCUGACACCGCAGAAGUGUCACCGAUUCCAGUCUUGCGCCUACCGCAGCAACCAGUGGCGUUACCGUGGACGCUGUGACAGUAUUCAGUUUGCAGUCGAUAAGCGAGUGUUUAUCGCUGGUUUCGGGCUCUACGGCUCGAGCUGCGGAUCUGCAGAGUACACCACCAAGAUUGAGCUGAAACGGCAGGGAGUUGUGCUGGGAACCAACCUCAGUAAGUACUUUUCAGAUGGUUCCAGCAACACCUUCCCUGUUUGGUUCGAGUAUCCGGUUCAGAUUGAGCCUGACACUUUCUACACGGCCAGUGUGGUUCUCGAUGGUAAUGAACUAAGUUAUUUCGGACAGGAGGGUAUGACGGAAGUUCAGUGUGGGAAGGUGACCUUCCAGUUUCAGUGUUCCUCGGACAGUACCAAUGGCACAGGUGUGCAAGGGGGGCAGAUUCCAGAGCUUAUCUUCUACGUCUGAGUUUCCAUUUGCAAGACAAAAGACCAGUGUGAAAUUGGAAUAGCUUUUCAUUGCUUACAAUAUUACUUUUUUACUACAUGGCAAAAGUUUCUUCCAGUGUUGUCAAUCCAAACUAAAACAUAACAGGUAUUUCAAGAGUUUUAUUUUAAGCUCGUAGUGGGUUUUGAAGGACUGACAAACCAUGAAGGGUUUCACUGUUAUUUCUCCAGGUACUCAAGUUGUACUUAAAUAUUUUAUAAUGUGCUCUACAUAAAGCUGUACUUGUUUACAAGGGGACAUUUUCACAUUUCAAUAGGCUAUUGUGCUUUAUUUAAGUUAUUUUUUAUUUCAAAUAUAUUUUUAUUUAAUUUGAGAGGGACAUUGAAAAGAAAACAAACCCAUGAGCACUGGAUAUAAUGUUAUACAUGUAAAGUAUUUAAAUGUGUUAUAUGCAUAAAUUCUAUGUACAGCUAUACUAUAUUACCACUCCAUGGCUAUAUCUGCUGUUUUCAAUGAUUAUGCCAGGUUAGUCAAAGCUUGAACAUGUAUAUUGUAGCAAUAGUGAACAAAAUAUUCAAACUUAAGAUAAAUGUCUAACCCCAAUAUUUCUUCGCAUUACACUUCAAGGCAAUCAAUAAAUCUAACACCAAAGUAAUCAUCACCAUCCCUGCAUCAGGCCAUUUAUAUGUAACUACCUUUAAUAAUAAACAUAAUUUGCAAGCACAAAACAUCUUAGACAGAAUUUUUAUUCAUCUUUUAAAGUAAUCAAAUCAUUAAGAUAGUCACACUGGCAAAUCUAACAUAUAGAACAUUUUGAUCAUAAACAUGCGUGGUUUACACUUAAAUAAACUCUGAAGUGGAGUCUUAUGUACAGUGAACUGCCUUAUAUUGUAUUAUAUUCAUCAUAAAGAGCAUCAUAAAUAUUUAUCUAGCUAUUAAUACACAGUUUUCUGAGUUCAAUAAAAAAUGACUUUUUUAUUUAAUCCUACUCACCAUCAGUAUGUUUUUAAGUAUUGAAUUCUCUUUCACUAAUGCACUAAAAAUGCACUGAAAAAAAUGCAUGAACAACAUUUCUUUCAGCUGAAAUAACAGGUUACAUAUUCAUAGGAGCCGCAAAAUGUGACGUUUUGGGAUAUUGUGCUAUAAUUUCCACCUCUGUAAUUGCUAUGUUCAUGGCUAAUUAGCAGCAUAAUUAGCUGUCACACAACAAACCCGUCUUCACACUACUAAAUGGGAUGUUGUCAACUAGCAUAAUAUCAUGUAUUUUUUAAGACAAGUUAUCAUGCAUUUUAUUUGUCUGCUCUGGGCUGUAAUUACCAGCAUUGUUGACUUUUUUUCUCUUUUCAUUAAGGUGUCAAAAGCAAGAAUUCAGAGUUAAUUCUAUUCCCUGCAGAACUUUAGUCACAGACAUACAUUAGCAAUGAACAGAAGACAAAUAAUUCCUCUUUAAACUGGUCAAGAAAUGACGUGUCUUACAUUUUUUCAUAAACAGAAUGACAUUAUUUUCCUAUCAUUUUAAUUAGAAAUCUUUGCAUAAAUCUGCCCUAUUUGAUAGCAAAAUAAUUGUCUUGUACCAUUACCGUCUACUGAAAUCUUCAUAAACUUAUCUGAACACCAUGGGUUAUACAAACCACAUUGUUAGCUGUCUCUUAUAAUGUUUACUUUAAAAUGUGCUGAAUUUUUCUACAUGCAAAUCAUGAAAAAUUGUAAAGUUAUGGAUUCUUUGUGUGCUGAUGUCUUUUUUUAUUUACAAGUGAAUUUACUCAUCACAUGAGCUAUUUUAAUUAUUGUGCACUAAUUAGAAGAGGUUAUUGAUGGAGCUUGUUGUGUGUAUAUAAUGAACACUUCUGUGAAUGUGUAUAAAGUGUUUUACAGUACAGAGAGACUUAUGAAUGUGUAUGAUAAUUGAACAUGCAAAUAAACUGAACAAGCAGUUCUGUUAUGACAUCUUGAGUGGCUUUUCACCUAUUUGUAACAACUGUGAACAACUGUACAGAUGAGUUGCAAGAUCUAAGACUGCUCUGCCCUGGUUUUUUAUUUGUAUUUUAUAGAUGUGUUAUGAUCACACUGUGUAGCAAU